AUGGCAAGCGCAGUACGUUCAGUACGUUUCAGUGAUGAUUUACCGAGAGUAUCUCAUAAGAAUGCAGCGGUAAAAAAUGUAAUUGAAUCUUAUGAGGAGACUUCUCAAACACCGAUACAACUUCCACGGGUAUAUGAUGAUGCUCUUUAUAGUCCCUAUGAUGUUUAUACAGCAGCUAGUGUGGGUGAUACACCAGUGAUUGAGGCACAAUUAGAGACGGGUUUUGAUGCAAAUCGUUUGAAUGGAAGCGGAUGGAGUUCAUUGAUGUAUGCCGCUUAUCUUGGGCAUGAAGCGGUUUGUGCAUUAUUGCUUAAAUCAGGAGCUUUGGUAGAUUUAUGCAAUGCAAGUGGACAAACAGCUCUAAUGCUUGCUGCUACAUGUGGAAAUUUAGCUGUUGUACGAUUAUUAAUACGCAAAGAUGCUGUAAUUGAUAAGCAGGAUAAUAUAGGAGAUACAGCGCUUGCUUAUGCAACUGCUUGUUCACAGGCUAGUAUUGCAGAAGCUUUGCUUGAUAAUGGCGCCAAUCCUAACAUUCCAAAUUUGUAUGGUAUGACACCGACGUUAACUGCAUGCUGUAUUGGACACGAGCUUACAUUGCUUGCAUUAUUGCAAAAUGAUGGCGACCCAAAAUUAAAGAAUACGAAAGGUGAAGAUGGUGAAGCUUUAGCUUUUGACAAUCCAAAAACCAUCGCGAUUUUGAAGGAUCCUCCGCGGAGUAAGAAGAAGGGAAACAAUAUGGAAAAGAAAACAAUGGAAGUGAAUUCAUUAACGGAAUUACUAUCACGGCUUAAAUUAGAAAAAUAUAUCGAAAUAUUUGAAAAUGAAAAUAUCGAUUUAAAUUUAUUCUUGGAGCUUAAUGAUGCUGAUCUUACGGAGAUCGGCAUCAAAGCAUUCGGUCCACGCAAGAAAAUGCUGAAUGUUAUACAACAAUAUCGGACAGAUGGAACGCUUAUUCUUUGUACAAAUGAUGUGAAACCAGUCUCGUCGCCUUAUAUCAAAGAAAGAGGACAAUCGGAAUCACGUUCUCAACAGGUAACGAAUGAAUUAAUGGAAUGUCAACAGCGUUUAGCAGAAUGUCAACAGGAAUUAAAACAAGCCCGAAAUUUGUUGAACGAACAUCGUUCAACAUUAAAUUCUGUCUCGGAAGCUUGUCGACACUCACGGAAAAUAGCUUACACUAUGCUUCAAGAAAUUCGACAAGCAGAUGAUAUAGGCAGUACUUUGGAAAAAGAUAUACUUGCAGUAAUCAAAAAUAUCGACAACAUUCUGAUGAAAAUGCUCGAGCUUCCACAGCAGUAA